AUGGCGUCCCAGUAUUCCUCCUCGUGGCAGGAGGUGAUCGACAAAAACCAAAUUCCACUCUCGAGGAACUUUCUCGUGGGCCUUCAUUUGACACAUUUAUUCAGCACUCGGUUUGCUCCGAAUGUCACACAUUAUACACAGAAGUUCUUCCAUCUACAAUAUUUCAUCGAAAGAGAAGGGUCACAGAAUAUAUACGACAUCGGCCUCGACGACGGCUACUACGUGGUGACCUGGGUGGUGUUACUUACCUUCUUCAGAUCUGUCCUCAUGCAAUGGGCGUUCACUCCAUUCGCUAAAUACAUCUGUAAUAUCCAUUCGAAGAAGGCAAAGAUGCGGUUUGCUGAACAAAGUUGGGCUGUGACCUAUUACUGCUUCUCCCUUGAUAACCUAUACAUCGGCUGGCCACACUACCGUAUGCCAUCGCUAUUCAAAAAAUACUACCUUGUGUCUAUUGCCUUUUGGUUACAACAGAUUGUUGUGCUCAACAUCGAAAAGAAGCGGAAAGACCAUUUCCAAAUGUUCAGCCACCACAUCAUCACGGUCGCGUUGGUCUUGGGCUCUUACUAUUAUUACUACAACAGAAUUGGUAACAUGAUUUUGAUGAUUAUGGAUUCUGUCGACAUUUUCUUGUCGACUGCUAAAGUUUUGAAAUACUCCGGAUGGCAGCGCACCUGCGACGCGAUGUUCGUUCUUUUCCUCGUUUCUUGGGUUGCGUUGCGCCAUGGUGUUUACAACUACCUUUACUACCAUGCAUGGGUUAAGGCUAGAGAUUUGAUGUUCGACAGUCAGUGCAUCCCUGGUCUUGAUCAGAAGAGGUGCUGGACCACGACCGUCGUAAAUGUUUUCUUGGCACUUCUUGGUGGUUUGCAGAUCAUCACCUGCCUCUGGAUGUUGGCAAUCUUAAAGGUUUUGAACAAAGUCAUACAUGGCGAUAGCGCAGAUGAUGUUAGAAGUGAUGAGGAUGAUUCCGAUGUAGAGGUGGAAGAGGAAGAGGCUGAUCAGGUCGAGACAGAAACACCAGAAACGACCGACGAAGACGUCUCUGAGAAAGUGGCACAGGACAUAAAAAUCUCCAUCCAGAAUUAA